CUCAUUACUCAGUGUAUCAUUUCAUAUCCAGUGACCAUGAACUCACAUGAUUAACCUAAGGAAAUCCAGCUAAUCACACGCCCUCAUAGGAGAACAACAGCCUCUUUUAGCCCCGCCCCUCCAGUACCAUUUGUUCCUCUGCUUCCAAAACAAAGUUCCAGUUUACUGAUACUGAAGGUUCUCCUACACUCUGCAGUUACACUAUUAAUAGAACUCAGUCCAGCCCGGUCUGUGACUGGGUCUACGGUUAGUUCCUCUGGGAACCAGUGAAGGUUCUGUGUAGAACCCAACAACAGAAAUGUAGGACUGUAUUAAGAACUCUCAAGGAACCAUUUUGUUCUGAGAGAGAGUUCUAUCCCGAACCUUAAAACCUGAUCACAAAGUCAUGAUCUGUGCACACAACAUAGAGUGCUCAUUUGUUUUGGCACCUCUUAUAGCUGAACAAUGUCACUGUGAGAUGACAUGAGGGUUCAAGCACAGUGAGUAAAUCGUCUCCCUCACAGACAGAGCCAAAAUUAUUGGCACCCCCACACUUCAUACUUGAUGAACCUUCCUGUCUCUCUCUAUGGUCUGUGUUUACAAUCUCACACACUUAUAGCACAACAUUUUAAAUAAAUAGUUAUUACUGUUAUUAGUGUGUGUUCAGUCACACACACACACACUCUCUCUCACACUCACUCACACAGACAGGCCAUUAGUGUAAGGCCACACCCUGGAGUGUUUCAGACUCCACCGCACAUGUGCAGACCUGUUACACCAGUGUGAGCUUUACACUCACCUGUGUGUGUGUGUGUGUGUGUGUGUGUGUGUGUAUGUGUGUUUGUGUGUGUAUGUAUAUAUGAAAGAGAGAGAGAGAGAGAGAGAGAGAGAGAGAGCAUGAGCAGGGGGGGUAGGUAUUUGGCCAGACUGUGUGACAGGCGUCAGACUGGUGUGAAGCUCUAAUGGCCACCAGCAGUGUGAUCUAAAUAUAGACAAGUUCUAACAGCACAGAGAGAGAGAGUGAGAGUUUGGCACAGACAGUAAUAACUCAGUGUACAGAGAACAGACCUGUCCGUAACUUCAAACAUAACACCAUCUUGCUCUCUCUCUCUCUCUCUUAGACACACUCACUAUCAUCCAGAAUACAUACAUUCACAUGUAGAAAUGGAAGGCACUAUUUUGAGCUCAGUGCAGUGUUGUAUGAGAUUUUUGUGCAGGAAAUAAACGAGUGUGUGUGUGUGUGUGUGUGUGUGUGUGUGUGUGUGAGUAUGUGUGUGGGGUGUAGAGGGAACAUGUAGUAACUCCGCUAAUUCACACUAGCUGUAUCUAGAAAAUUUAUCAAUACCUUCUGACCAAUCAGAUUCCAGAAUUGAUCAGGUACCGAUGUGAAGGGACGGAGAUCAGGUGUGUGAUUAUAUUCUGUUUUUAAAAAAGAAAAGAACAGGAAAAAACUGCGUCGUUGUUUUUACAGUCAUUUCAGCCAAUCAGUAAGACGAUCACUGGUGUUUUUGCUUUCAGACCACUGUGUGUGUGUGUGUGUGUGUGUGUGUGUGUGUGUGUGUGUGUGUGUGUGUGUGUGUGUGAGUUUGAGUGUGUGGAUUAUAAUGUUAUACUGGAGUUGGUGGAAUAGAGGCUGUAUUCAUAAGGAAAGAGGGAGGAGAGUGUGUGUGUGUGUGUGUGUGUGUGUGUGUGUGUGUGUGUGUGUGUGUGUAAAGAUGGCAGUGUUUUUUUAUAGUCUUCACCUCUUUAUAUAAAAGUGAUGUAAUGUAUCACGAUUACAGACACCACUCGACUGACAGAAUUAUGGGCGGGGCUUAGACAUGGCCAAAUUAAAGGACUAUUGUAACUCUGCGUGUGUGUGUGUGCGUGUGUGUGUGGGCAGUGGAAUGCUAGGAGACUCAUACGUAUUGCACGUGGAGCCGCCUCUCCUGAUUGGUGGAGACGGAGAGUGGGAGGAGAAUGGAAUGAAAGAGUGCCAGUGUUGGCCUAUCACAGUUGAGGCCUGUUGAGAUUGUGUGUGUGUGUGUGUGUGUGUGUGUGUGACUACUAUAAUGUCCUUUCAGUAGCACAUGGAGAAAGGGAGACAGGGAUGCGUGUCGGAGUUUAUUAGGGAUUAGGGGAUUAUGUGAGGAUUACCGGAGCGUGCAGAGCGGGAGUACAGUGGGAAUGGUGGGAUUAAAGUCACGGUGUGGGUUUACGGGAGUCUGGGGAGGAAGGAAGGUCAUGUGAUGAAGAUUUACGGUACGCUGAUCUCUGCAAUCAGAUGAAGCUUAAAGAGAAGGAGGAGCAACGAACACAAGUCCAAAGUUUUGGAAUAAAUUAUGAUGUAAUGAAUUUCUGGUCCAGGAUCCGGAUGACAGAGUGUGUGUUUGUCCGGCACUCGUUUGAUGACAUCAUCUAAUUUUUCCAGAACCUUCAGCAGGAUAGGAGCUGAAUACCUCAACAAACAAUUUUGGAUUUUCCUCUCUCUUUCUCGCUCUCUUUCUUUCUCACUCUCUGCUCGGAUUGUGAUUUCGUCCCUCGUUUCCGCUUGUCUCACACCACACAACACGGCGACUCUGGAGAUUGCAAUCGCUCUCUGAACUUCCUGUUGAUGUAACUUCCUGUUGCCUGUGUGUGUGACUGUGUGUGACUGCUGUUUCGGGUCAUGUUUGGUAGCGUUAGAAAGAUGGUGUCCGCAUUCGAGACAAGAAAACAGCCCUGUCCUCCCCCUCCAACCCACUCUUCUCUCUCUUCCUCCAUCCAAAACCCCUCCCCCAAACAGAGCCCACCCCCUUCCACCACACCCUCUCCAGUUAUAAAAACACUCCCCUGUCUGUCCACCACACCUGAGCCCCACCCCUCUCACACCUCAGGACAAGCCCCCUCCACUCGCACAAUUUUGCAUCCUGUAAUGAGUGUGACUUGCCAUGAUGGAGAAAGAGAGAGGCAGGAUGUUGUGUUGAGAGGAGGUGGACAAGGGCGGAGAAUUCCACGUGUCAGGCUGCGUGACUCCUGGCCAAUGGGAAAGCUGAACUGCUUUGAAAGGAACUUCCUCUCAUUUGUCACAGUAGAAACCAAAGAACCAAUCAGCUGCGGCAAAUGUCCUCCUGAAUUUGACAGAGGCAGACUGAGACCCAUACGCUGCAAAUCCACCUCAGUCACCGGGCUGAACACCAUCUCCACCUCCUCCGCCGCAGGGCUCAGCGCCGCCUCCAGGCUCAAUGCCACCUCCUCUGCCGCAGGGCUGAACGCCACCUCCUCCACCGCUGGGCUCAACGCCGCCUCCGGGUUCAACGCCGCCACCUCCGCCGCAGGGCUGAAUGCCGCCUCCUCCGCCGCAGGGCUGAACGCCGCCUCCUCCGCCGCAGGGCUGAACGCCACCUCCGCCGCAGGGCUGAACGCCACCUCCACCUCCUCCACCUCCGGGCUCAACGCCACCUUCACCACAGAGCUCAACGCCAACUCCGCCGCAGGGCUCAACGCCAACUCCAUUACAAGACCUAAAUCCACCACAGGGACUAACAUUAGCUCUUCUGCAAGCACUACUUUAAGUGUCACUAGAGGAGCUUACAGUCAUUUGACUACAGAAACCAGCUCCAGGUUGACCCCAGGGGCUAGUGCUAAUGCUAACGUUAACUCAGACAGUGAGCUGCUUUUGUCUCUUGGACGGCGAGGUCCAGGUCUUGUUGGUGGUGCUAAUAAAAGUGCCUUCGAACCUCCUGGAGUUCCUGUGUAUCCGAAACAGCUAGUUCUGGGUUCUACUACUGUAACCCAGAGUGGGGGGAGAGGCCAGGGAAAGGGGCAGGCAUUCCAACCCCAAUUAGGGCUCCGCCCCUCUGACUCCACCUUUUUCUCCCUGCUGCUGCUCUCACGCAGUGGCUCCAGUAACAGCAUGAUUGCCAUAGACAACAAGAUUGAGCAAGCCAUGGACCUGGUGAAGGCCCACCUGAUGCUGGCGGUGAGAGAGGAGGUGGAGGUUCUGAGGGAGCAGAUAAAGGAGCUAGCAGAGAGAAACGCUCAGCUCGAGAGAGAGAACUACAUCCUUCGAGCUCUCAGGGAGAACCAGUGACAUGCCCACACCCCAGUUCAUCAUGGGAAAGGGAGUGUUCAGCAUCAUGGGGAAAUGAUGAAUCUGAAUCUGGUCGGAUCUGAAAUCCGGUGGUCAGGAAGAUCACAGGGUUUAUGAGAUGAUAAACAGACAGAGGAGACGGGCAGACAGGUGAAGGAAAGAACUAUCCAGUAGAUAAAUAGAUUUGAUGAUUGAAAGAAUUUAACAACAGACAAAAAAUAUAUAAAGAUUGUGUUUAGAUUGUGGAUGCAAAAGGAUGUGACACACACACACAGUUAUUGUAAACAGAUUGACGCUAAUUCAUUAACAGUGUUAAUAUUAGUGACACUGAACUCUGUAUGUUUAUUUAUGGGGUGUGUGUGUGUGUGAGAGAGAGAGAGAGAUAUGAGAGAGAGUGUGUGGGAGAGAGAGAGAGAGAGAGAGAGUGUGUGUGUGUGUGUGUGAGAGAGAGAGAGAGAGUGUGUGUGUGUGUGUGUGUGUAUGAGGUGAACAUUCAGCUUUGUUAUAACAAUAAUGUUGUUGUGGUGGUUACUGUGGCGACUCCAUGGUUCACCAGGGCUGUAUGAGGAGGAGGAUGAUGUGUGUUUAACCAUUUGAGUGUGAUUUAUUGGUGUGGGUCUGGGUGUGGGUGUGGGUGUGGUGUGAUGUGAUUAAUGGACAGGUUACUGUAUGAACACGAAUGUAAUGUCUGAUGUAAUAAAUAAUCUCACUGCUCAUUUAAUGAUAUUAAAUUUUCUCUUGAAAAGCCUUUGAUGAGCCACGUGACUGUUCCACAUUUACAUUUCAUUUAAAAGAGAUCGACUGAUUGAUUUUUUUUUUAUUACCGAUAUUAGUGUUUAUGCGCCCAAUAACCGAUACGCAGAACCAAUAUUUAUUUAUUGCUUGACUUCUGUUUUUGAAAUAAUAAUAAUAAUAAUAAUAAUAAUAAUAAUAAUACCACUGAACUGAACAAACCCUUUUAUUUAUAACUAUUUUAAAUUUCACUUCCUCCUCGCACCCAAAAUAAAACAACUCUUUUUAAAACAACAGGAGUCUGAAAGAGUGUAAAAAAUAAAGUGCAAUGUUACUGAAGUGUCUUUUCUUCAAAUAAAAGCAUUGAUUAUG